AUGGCUACCCCUCAGUCAACAACAUCAUACGAAGGCUCCGGCCCCAAGAAGCUCGAACAGAUUACUUUUCGGUUCUGCUCAGAAUGCUCCAACAUGUUGUACCCCAAGGAAGACGAAGAUGCGCACAAAUUACAAUUCACCUGCCGAACGUGUCAAUAUACCGAAGAAGCCCAGUCCACUUGUGUAUUCCGCAACGUCCUGAAUAACUCUGCUGGCGAAACUGCUGGUGUGACUCAGGAUGUUGGAUCUGAUCCAACGGUUAGUGAUGUCCCGCUUGUCCUUUGUUUAGGUUGUGGGUGCCUCAUUUUUUGCGAUACCUGCGGAGGAAUGGCUGCGGAUAUGGCUGUUGCCAAGGUGCAGCCAAAGAAAAAGGAGAAGAAGGACGGCGAUAAUUUCGGCGAGAGAAGCCAUUACGUCCCUUGGAACGAGUCCGACGAUCCCUUUGCCGAAUACGACGAGGAACUCAUGGAAGACGUCGACUAUGGACUACCCAGUCCUACCCCGACCGAUUACACUUCCGACACGACUUUCGCGGCGGGCUUUUCAGACGACGGCGCCAUGGUUUGUAAUGUUUAA